UCAGAAACAUGCCUGAACCCGCCAAGUCCGCGCCCAAGAAGGGCUCCAAGAAAGCCGUGACCAAGACCGCCGGCAAAGGAGGCAAGAAGAAGAGAAAGACCAGGAAGGAGAGUUACGCCAUCUACGUGUACAAGGUGCUCAAGCAGGUCCACCCCGACACCGGCAUCUCCUCCAAAGCCAUGAGCAUCAUGAACUCUUUUGUCAACGACAUCUUUGAGCGCAUCGGCGGAGAGGCCUCCCGCCUGGCGCACUACAACAAGCGCUCCACCAUCACCUCCAGGGAGAUCCAGACCGCCGUGCGCCUCCUGCUGCCCGGAGAGCUGGCCAAGCACGCCGUGUCCGAGGGCACCAAGGCCGUCACCAAGUACACCAGCUCCAAGUAAAGUGCUCCAGAGAAUAUACACACCAACGGCUCUUUUAA